GGAGUGAUCGGCGCAGUGGUGCACCAGCCUCGGAACAAAAUACAAUAAUAUCAUCAGCCCACGCAUAUCGGACAUCAUAAAUGGCACUAACCCCGUUGUCCCUAUCUUAAAACUGACAAGCAGGGAGAAAACCAGCCGCGAAUCUUACAGAGAAAAUCACAAGAGCUGGAACAAUGCCCGACCCACGCCUGGCCUCUUUCCCAACAGCCCCCUACUCCGAGCCUCUCCUCCCACAACUGGACAUUCCUUCCCCAUACUACAAGCCCCUGCAUCACAAACUCCGCGCACACGUCCGAUCAUACAUCUCCACACACAUCGAGCCCUACGGUCAAGAAUGGGAGGAAGCAGGGCAGGUCCCACGCGAGGUCUACGCGCGGCACUGCGCAGAAGGCUACGCCAUCGUCCACCCGCUCACGACGCCUGAAGACCGCGGCAAUCUGAGUUUGCCUGGCGGUGUUAGACCUGAGGAGUGGGAUACGUGGUGCUCGCUUAUUGUCUCGGAUGAGUUUAAUCGGGUGGGCUUCGUUGGUGUCAUUUGGGGGCUGGGUGGUGGGAACGGGAUUGGCUGUCCGCCCAUUGCGAGGUUUGGGACGGAGGAGCAGAGGAGACGCUGGUUGCCGCGGGUUGCGAGGGGGGAGGUGAGGUUUUGCUUGGGGAUUACGGAGCCAGAUGCUGGUUCUGACGUCGCGAAUAUCAAGACAACGGCAAAACGGGAAGGGGAUGUUUAUAUUGUCAACGGGUCGAAGAAGUGGAUCACGAAUGGAAUCUGGGCGGACUAUUGCACGGCGGCUGUGAGAACUGGAGGACCGGGAAAAGGGGGGAUCAGUCUGCUGGUAAUCCCGCUGGCGGCGAAGGGAGUGACGAGGCGCCGCAUGCAUAAUUCUGGGGUCAAUGCGAGUGGCUCGACGUUUUUCGAAUUCGAUGAGGUGUGCGUCCCCGUGGACAAUCUGAUCGGGCAAGAGAACCAGGGAUUUCCUCUCAUCAUGUCCAACUUCAACCCUGAGCGCCUAUCCCUCGCCUGCGCAUCUCUUCGUCUCGCCCGCGUAUGCGCCGAAGACGCCUUCAACUAUGCCAUCCAGCGCGAAACGUUCGGCUCCCCGCUGAUCCAGAAACAAGCAAUCCAGGCGAAGAUCUUCAAGUUCGGACUCAUGAUCGAGCCCGCGUAUGCGUUCAUGGAGCAGCUCGUGAAUAUCAUUGAAAAAACCAAAGAUCGGCCCACCGACGACGUGCGCAUUGGUGGAAUGACGGCGUUGCUCAAAGUCAUGUCGACUAGAGCGCUGGAGAAGAGUGUGCGUGAGGCUCAGCAGAUUCUUGGAGGAGCAGGAUAUAACAAGGCUGGAAAGGGGGCAAGGAUUGAGCAGAUCAGCCGUGAUGCGAGAGUCCACGUUGUGGGAGGUGGAAGUGAGGAGAUUAUGAUGGGGCUGGCGUUGCAGGAAGAGACAAAGGCACUUAGGACAAGGAGGAAGGCUCUAGAGAGGAAGGCAAGUCUGUGAGGAACACUACUAAAGCUAGA